GGCGCCGGGGCUCCUGCGCGCUGCAAGUUUUGCCGAGGUGUGAGGCGGCCCGGGGAGCUGUCCAGCUUCCUUCAGCGUCCUCCCGCCUCUGCCGGGGGGGCCGAGGGCUGCAGCUCCCUCCUGGCUGCGGGAGGGGGGCGGCUGAACCGCCUCGGCGUCGGCUCUCGUGGGGGGCCCGGGCGGGAUGGGGAUGCUCCGGAGCAGGAGGCUGCCGCCGCUCUGGGGGCUGGUGCCGAAGCUGCUGCGGGGCUGAGGGGGCUGGCGGCGGCAGCCCGGGCGGGAGGGCAGCGAGCUCCCACGCCCCUAGGCAAAGUUCCCGGAGCGGGCCCGGCUCCCGCCAGCGGCUGCGCUCCAGGGCCCCCCAGCCGGGACGGCAGCUCCAGCCCUCUGGCCGCUGUGGCUACUCCUCCCUCGGCCGCCCCGGGACCCCGCCAGCGGAUGCAAUUACUCCAGCCUCUGCACCACCUGGCGGCAGCCCUAUCCGAGGCACCUGGCCGACUGGACCCUGCCCUCCGGCGUUGGGGGCAGCAGCGUUUCCCACUGGCCUGGAGGAGGAAGGGGACCUGAAGCCCGCCCCGCCUUCCCGGGGCCAGGACCAGGACCAGGGGGCGCCGGCACCAGCCAUGGGGGGUUGUGAAGCGAGAGGUUUGCUCUGGAAAUUUGGCCUGUUCUUCCCUUUGCUGACGGCGUGUCCGGCGGGCUGCAGCCAAGUCUCCAGCAACCAAGUGGUGUUGCUUGAUACUACAGCUGCAAUUGGAGAACUAGGAUGGAAAACCUAUCCUUUAAAUGGGUGGGAUGCCAUAACUGAAAUGGAUGAACACAAUCGUCCCAUUCACACCUACCAGGUAUGUAAUGUAAUGGAACCAAACCAAAACAACUGGCUUCGUACAAAUUGGAUCUCCCGUGAUGCAGCCCAGAAAAUUUAUGUGGAAAUGAAGUUUACCCUGCGGGACUGCAACAGCAUUCCAUGGGUAUUGGGAACUUGCAAAGAAACUUUUAACCUUUACUACAUGGAGUCAGAUGAGUCCCAUGGAGUUAAAUUCAAGCCAAACCAAUACACUAAAAUUGAUACUGUUGCAGCUGAUGAGAGUUUUACCCAGAUGGACUUGGGUGACCGUAUCCUUAAACUCAACACAGAAGUUCGUGAGGUUGGGCCAAUAAACAGGAAAGGAUUCUAUCUUGCUUUCCAGGACAUUGGAGCCUGCAUUGCUCUGGUCUCUGUCCGCGUUUACUACAAAAAGUGCCCUUUCACGGUUCGUAACUUGGCUAUGUUUCCUGAUACUAUUCCAAGGGUUGAUUCUUCCUCUUUGGUGGAAGUACGCGGUUCCUGUGUGAAGAGCGCUGAGGAGCGGGAUACUCCAAAACUGUAUUGUGGAGCAGAUGGGGAUUGGCUUGUGCCUCUUGGGCGAUGCAUCUGCAGUGUAGGAUAUGAGGAAGUGGAUGGUUCCUGCCAUGCUUGCAGGCCAGGAUUCUAUAAAGCAUUUGCUGGGAAUAUAAAGUGUUCCAAGUGCCCUCCACACAGUUUAACCUAUGUAGAAGCAACUUCUGUCUGUCAGUGUGAAAAAGGUUACUUCAGAGCUGAGAAAGAUCCACCAACUAUGGCAUGUACCAGGCCACCUUCUGCUCCACGGAAUGUGAUUUUUAAUAUUAAUGAAACAGCUCUUAUGUUGGAAUGGAGCCCACCUAGUGACACGGGGGGGAGAAAAGAUCUCACCUACAGUGUCAGCUGUAAGAAAUGUGGAUCAGACACCAGCCAAUGUGAGAUAUGUGGUGGAGGUAUCCGUUUCAUCCCGAGACAUACAGGCCUGAUUAACUCAUCUGUGACUGUGCUUGAUUUUGUGUCUCAUGUGAACUACACCUUUGAAAUAGAAGCCAUGAAUGGAGUCUCUGAGCUGAGUUUCUCCCCCAAGCCAUUCACAGCUAUCACAGUUACCACAGAUCAAGAUGCACCCUCCUUGAUAGGUAUGGUAAGGAAGGACUGGGCUUCCCAAAACAGCAUUGCCCUCUCAUGGCAAGAGCCUGAUUUUCCCAAUGGAGCCAUUCUGGACUACGAGAUCAAGUACUAUGAGAAAGCCUACCCACGGAUAGCGCCGGCAUUUUGGCACUACCUGCGGGUAGAAGAGCAUGAGCAGCUCAGCUAUUCCUCCACAAGGUCCAAGGCUCCAAGUGUUAUCAUCACAGGUCUCAAGCCAGCCACCAAAUAUAUAUUUCAUAUCAGAGUCAGGACUCCAGCAGGAUACAGCGGCUAUAGCCAGAAGUUUGAAUUUGAAACUGGAGAUGAAACUUCUGAUAUAGCUGCGGAGCAGGGGCAGAUUCUUGUAAUUGCCACUGCUGCUGUUGGUGGAUUCACUCUCCUGGUUAUCCUCACUCUGUUCUUCCUAAUCACUGGGAGAUGCCAGUGGUACAUAAAGGCCAAAAUGAAGUCUGAAGAAAAAAGAAGGGCUCAUUUGCAAAAUGGACAUUUGCACUUCCCAGGAAUAAAAACGUAUAUUGAUCCAGACACAUAUGAAGACCCAGCUCUUGCUGUCCAUGAGUUUGCAAAGGAGAUAGAUCCUUCAAGAAUUCGUAUUGAGAGAGUUAUAGGGGCAGGUGAAUUUGGAGAAGUAUGCAGUGGACGUCUGAAGACCCCAGGAAAACGGGAGAUUCCUGUUGCCAUUAAAACUUUGAAAGGUGGCUAUGUGGACAGGCAGAGAAGAGAUUUCCUGAGAGAGGCUAGUAUCAUGGGACAGUUUGACCAUCCAAAUAUUAUUCGCCUCGAAGGAGUUGUUACAAAAAGAUCCUUCCCGACCAUUGGGGUGAAGUCUCUUUCGAGAUUCCUGAGCGCGGGCUUUUUAAAUAGCAUCCAGGCCCCACAUCCAGUCUCACGGGGCGGAUCUUUGCCCCCUGGCAUUUCCUCUGGCAGACCAGUAAUGAUUGUGGUUGAAUAUAUGGAGAAUGGAUCCCUUGACUCCUUUCUGCGGAAGCAUGAUGGACACUUCACAGUCAUCCAGCUGGUUGGCAUGCUUCGUGGAAUCGCAUCUGGCAUGAAGUAUCUCUCAGAUAUGGGCUAUGUACAUCGUGAUCUGGCAGCCCGUAAUAUUUUAGUCAACAGUAACCUCAUGUGUAAAGUCUCUGAUUUUGGUCUGUCACGAGUGUUAGAGGAUGACCCUGAAGCUGCUUACACCACAAGUGGUGGAAAAAUCCCCAUAAGAUGGACCGCCCCUGAAGCUAUAGCCUACAGAAAGUUCUCUUCAGCAAGUGAUGCAUGGAGCUAUGGGAUUGUCAUGUGGGAAGUGAUGUCCUAUGGAGAAAGGCCAUAUUGGGAGAUGUCUAAUCAGGAUGUUAUACUGUCUAUAGAAGAAGGUUACAGGCUUCCAGCUCCUAUGGGCUGCCCAGCUUCUCUCCACCAACUUAUGCUUCACUGCUGGCAAAAAGAGAGAAACCACCGGCCGAAGUUUACUGAUAUUGUCAGCUUCCUAGACAAAUUGAUCCGCAACCCCAGCUCCCUUCAUACCCUAGUGGAGGAUGUACUUGUAAUGCCAGAUUCACCUGGUGAAGUUCCCGAAUAUCCUUUGUUUGUUUCAGUCAUUGAUUGGCUAGAUUCAAUAAAAAUGGGUCAGUAUAAAAAUAACUUCAUGGCAGCGGGUUUCACAACUUUGGAUGUGGUUUCAAGAAUGAGUAUUGAUGACAUUAGGAGAAUUGGAGUUGUACUCAUUGGACACCAGAGACGAAUAAUGAGCAGUUUACAGACUUUGCGAUUGCACAUGAUGCACAUACAGGAGAAAGGAUUUCAUGUAUGAAAGUACUAGAAGCAACUUUGUUUUGUGCCUCAGCAUUUCUAAAAUGGAAGAUAUUCUCAUUCCUCCCUUAUGUUCCUCCCAACUUCAAGAACUGCAGUCUCCUGUUCAGACUAUAAACACGUACUUUUAUGUUAAUGCUUCCAAUGUGGAAUUUUUAAUCACACUGCAUAGUUCCUCCGUCAGUUACCUGCCAAUACAAUCCUGGCGCACUGUAAGACUGUUGCUACACACUGGUGAAUAACUCAGCAUGGAUGUGUAACUUUGUAUAACAGUA